AAUACAUAGAGAGAGAAUGGAACCCCAAAAAAAUGGAACCCCAGAAAAGGUGACAAUAGCGAAUGGAACCCCAAAAAAGGUGUGUGUGACCGGAGGAACUGGUUUUCUUGGAUCAUGGAUGAUCAAGAGGCUACUCGAAGAUGGCUACUCCGUCAACGCCACUGUCCGGCUCGAUCCAGAGCGGAAGAGGGACAUUAGCUACAUCACAAACCUCCCCGGCGCGGCCGAGCGGCUGCAGAUCUUCAACGCCGAUCUUGACAAGCCGGAGACGUUUGCCCCGGCCGUGGAGGGGUGCGUCGGCGUGUUCCACACGGCGCACCCGCUGGACUUCGCGGAGAAGGAGAGCGAGGAGGUGAAGCUGAAGCGCGUGACCACCGCUAUGAAAGGCAUCCUGCAGGCCUGCGUCGACUCCAAGACCGUCCGCCGCGUCGUCUACACGGCCAGCAUCUCCUCCGCCGCCUUCGAUCCCGCCAACACCGGCCUCGUCGACGAGGACUCGUGGACCGACGUUGAGUUCGUCCGCAGCCUCAAGGCCUUCGGGGGCCCCUACAUCGUCACCAAGGCCGUGGCCGAGAAAGCCGCCAUCGAGCUCGCUGCUGAGCUCGGCUUGGACUUCGUCUCCGUCAUUCCGACGUGGAUCACCGGCCCUUUCAUUUGCCCUAAUUUUCCGGAUUCCGUUUACGUCUCCUUGGCCUUGAUUCUUGGUGAUAAGGGACACUAUCAGCACCUAAAAGAAUCGAGUUUAGUCCACGUGGACGACGUUGCUCGAGCACAUAUCCACUUAUUCGAGUAUCCCGAGGCAAAAGGGCGAUACAUCAUGGCGGCGGAGCAGUUCGAGAUAGGAGAGCUUUCCGAUUUCCUCUCCGUUAAAUAUCCACAAUAUAAGAUGCCAUCUCCAGACUCGUGGAAAGAUGUGGCGGCGGUGAAAUUUUCUGGGCUGUCGACGAAGAAGCUUGAGGCGACUGGAUUCAAGUACGAGAAUGGAUUGGGUGAAAUGUUUGACGGCGCGAUUAAAUCCUGCAAAGAAAGGGGGUUUAUCAAUUAGUUGGUUGAAUUAAAAUUUCAUAUAUGUUGUUGUUUUAGUAUAUUAAUGGUGAAGUUGUGUUUGUUUAGCUUUGGUUUAAUGCUGUUAUGGCGUUGUUACUUGUUAAUGGCGUUUAUGUACUGUGACUUGUGAAUUGAAAUAAAAAAUAAUAAUUUAUUAUUUAAAUCA